AUCAAAUUGUGCAUAUGCAAGGAUUUUUGGAUAUCUCUGGAAUUCAGUCUAAUGAGAAGACAAUGUUACUUGAUAUAUCAGCAAUACCUUCAAAGGAGGAUCAUUUAGAUGAUGAACUAAUACAUUAAUUAAUGAUUUUACAAUCUUAAGAAGCUAUUAGAGAGAAAGAAAAUGAUGAAGAAGUUACAAAGCAUGCCAGAUAACUGAAAAAAAAAGUAAUUAAUUCUUUAGAAAACUAUUCUUAAAUGUUAACUAGUAAAGAUAAUUCAAUAAAGAAAGUGAUCAAGAACGAUUUAAACAUAAUCAACUAAGAAUAUUAAGAAUUAUUAUCGAUUGUUGAUGAGGUUGAAUUGAUUUCCAAUGAAGUUCAGAUGAUAAUCAAAUUGGUAGGAGAAUUUUUAGAAAAAAUGAGUGUUAAAUCAAAUGAAAAGAGAGAAAUUUAAUAUUCAAAAACUAUGUCAGAAAAAUUGUAAAGAAAUCCCACAAGAUCAAAUACUUUUUAAGGUCAUUCAUAUGAUUGCUACUAAAAAUAAAGAUCAUUUCCAUCAUAGCAAUUACAAUAAUAAUAACAACUAAGCAAUAAUUCUUGCGAAUCAGAUGAAAACACUGCUGUCUCAAAUAAAACUUUGAGUGCUUUAAAUAGUAAAAUCUGUACUUUGAUUUAAUAAUUAUAAUAGAAUGAAAAAUACCAAAGAAUAACCCAUUAUGCUUAAGAAAUAAUGAAUAGCUCCGAAAAUAUGGAAACUUUCAAAUAACUUCGAUAAUUAUCUAAAUAGUUUGAUGAUCCAGAAGUUAAGAAAUUAGUCAAAGUUUGUUAUUUGAAAUCUCUCGUAUAGGAGUAAUCUCAGAAUAAUACUUCUAAAAGAGAAUUUUAUGAUUUAGUGAUAAAAAUUAAAAGUUAAGUUCCUGAAAAUAAUAAAAUACAUUCGAUGAUGAUAAAUUCGCUAUACGAUGACGUAGUAAAAAAUGGAGUGCCAAAUACUUAAUGGGAAGCCUAUAUGAAAUAAUUAUUCAAAUGA